ACAUGGUCACACUGUCUCUGUGUAACGCGAAGGAAAAGAGGCGAUAACUAAGUGAAAUAUGUAAACGCGAUACUCAGGCCUGGUGAAAAAUAGUGCACGCGAAAGUUACCAAUCAAUUCACAAAGCUAAAAAUCUUUUUGCGCCCUCUCGAUUGUUUUGUUGCCAGCACCCCAUCAUCACACACAUAUAUACCACGCACUGACCUACACUAGCGAAUUUAGAUUAAAGUGAGAAAACACUCACGUACGCACACAAAAGCACACGCUGGGUCGCGGACAAACGUUUAAUUUAGUUAGUGCCCUGUAAAACAGAGUUGGGCGAAAUCGCGACUGAAACUUAAACAAAUUGUAAACGUUGAGGUGGAGAGUGUAUCGAGUGAGAGCAACAAUUAGUGCAACACCCAAGCGAUGAUAUUGCAGCGAUAAGCAAUAAACAAACAGAGAAAGUAACAGUAAACGCGUUCGCUGCCAAUUGGCUUCCAUUGACUGCUUUUAGCUAUCGUACUUUUAGCAGUACUACUACUACUCAUCCAACAAUGGGCAACUGCCUCACCACCCAAAAGGGCGAGCCGGACAAACCAGUCGAUCGCAUCAAGCUGGACGACCCGCCCACCGUCGGCGUGGGAGUGGGCGUGCCCCAGAUCCCCAUGCCCUCACACGCUGGGCAGCCGGCAGAGCAAAUCCGUCCCGUUCCCCAGAUCCCGGAGAGCGACACUGCGGGUUCCAAUGCCAAAAUAUUCGUCGCCCUCUACGACUACGACGCCCGUACCGACGAGGAUCUAAGCUUCCGGAAGGGAGAGCAUCUGGAGAUACUGAAUGACACACAGGGCGACUGGUGGCUGGCGCGCAGCAAGAAGACUCGUUCGGAGGGCUAUAUUCCUUCUAAUUAUGUGGCCAAAUUAAAAUCAAUCGAAGCAGAACCCCGCUUACUACACUUAUCAAUACGAGGUGCCACUAUGACGGCCAUGCCCGUAGUUUGGUGCACCGAUCCCAAUUCGGUGAGCAACAAGCCCACAGCCUUCGCCUUGCACGGAAUCCAGCUGCAGGGAAAUGUGACUGAGAAGCAGGUCCACGCCCUCCGUGAGCUGGUUAACGCCGCCGCCGAAGGCCGUCUCAUCCUGCCCUCGGACGGCACCUUCACUCUUCUAGACAGCGGUCUUAGCAUCGAGAGCUCAAUCGUAGAGCAAGAGUCUUGCAGCUCGAUUAGCACCGGUGAGCUUGAUCCACUGGCUCAGCCGAAGAGUUCCAAGAACACAUACAUCCUUAUGCCCGUAAGCAAGGCGGAAGGCUCCAGACAAGGAGGAGGUACAUUGACCGGAGGCGGAGGAGUGUCAGGACAUGCGAUUGCAGCUGCUGCCGCCCAACUAGAGUUUCUGCUGGAGCCGAGUUAUUUGCCCACGCUCGAAGCCAAUGGGGACGCGAAAGCGAAUGCAGCAGUGGCGAAGGCCGGAGCGUCAGGGGAAGUUCUGUACGAGUUCCUAUGCUGCGCCAAGUGCAUGCACGCGCAACGGUCUGGACCUACUUGCACAGGGCGGCGCUUGCUGCGCAUUUUGAGGACAUGCAGCAGUGGAAGUGGCAGUGCCAGUGGCUGUGUCAGUGGCAGAAGCAACGACUACGAGCCGGUCAACGUCCCAGCUACAUGGCAGCUACAAGUGGAUCCUGUCAACAGCAUUGCCAGCAAGUACACCCGCCGACAGCAGCGACAUAGGCAACAUUGCACCGUGUCUAUGGGCAUCGCACGUAAUCGCGCCCAUCGUCAUCACAAACUACCCAUGCACAGUGUUAAAAUCUUUCAUAAUCGUAGCACUUAUAUGCCAGCCACUACAGCAACAGGAGCAAUGACAAUCGCUGGUCCGGCAGAGUGCCCUGUGGGCGGCGAGGUAUCAAUAGUUCCCAUUCCGAGUUCGAGCUCGAAUCCGAUUUUGAAUUCCAAACUCAGCCAGCCGACACCGGCGCGAUCUAGAUCGGUGACAAAAACAUUUAAAACACUGUCGGCAACAUCUCUGCCCCCAUACGCCGUGACAAACAAAAAUCGUGAUUUGGCGAGCGGUGACAAGACUGAGAAAUCUGCAACAACCAUGCUGUCCGUGGUGCCCGAGAAGCCGUCGCCACAUCGCGAAGACGGGCGCGAUCUGAUCAGCUUUGACGACGACCAGACGCAGGUGGAUGCUGAGGCUGGGGCUGUAGGCCAGAAGUCUGGAACUGCUAUAGACCUGCUAUGCGCCCCCAAUGAAGAGGACAAUUUGUUGGCCCUGCUAGACACCCCGCCAGCCACUCCGAACAAGCCCAGUUCCCCUGGAAGCAACAACUCGAGCCGCAAGACCAGCUUUGAUUCCACAAGCACCCUCAGCUCCAUGGACUCUGGGUUUAUGGAGAUGCAGAACAAAUUGGAUGCCUUGGCAGCAGCAGCACCGACAGCAGCGCCUUUGGGAGAAGCAGCAACAUUAUCGUCAAGCGGCGAGCAAAGGGAGAGACGCAACUUUAAGGAGUGUCUAACGCAGUCGCGGAACCGCCGAAAAUCCUACGAGGAGUUCAAAGCCAUGUUUGUUGAACCCGUGGAAGCAUCCAUUUUAACGUCCAUGCCACCGCUGGUGGCAACAGCAGCGGAUGACGCAACACCAGCUAGCAACACCGUGAUGCCACUUUCUUCCAUUUCAGAACAAGAAACCACAGGCAUCCGGGGUGUGAGAGGCAAACCGGAUUGCGCAAACGAGUUUCCCGCCAGUGCCGAUGAAAUGGAUACCGGUGAUAGUGACUGUGAUGGUGAAAAAGCUGCUGCUGCCGAUGGCCAUCUAACAGCAACAAAAACCACAGCAGCAGUACCUGUAGUCAGCAAUACCACCACACAGGCGCUUCGAAAAAAUUCGGAUUUUCUAUCGCAAAUUCUCGAUCAUCAAUUUGCGGCUAAGGAGCGAGCAAAGGCGCAUAAGCGUCGCACUUCGUACGAGGAAUUUAAACGUCUGGUUAACGAAAUCGAGCCACUGGAAUGCCAAGACGCCCCACCACUCGCCUUGGAGUCUGUGGUCGCAUUGAGAACUGCAGCAGCAAUAGCCACCUCGCCGUUAAAGCGCCAGAACUCGCGGCAACGUAAAAGCUUCGCCAGCUACUUUCUGCCGCGCAGGCACUUUAUAGAAGAAGAAAAGACUGACAAAGAGAACUUCUCCCGGGAUCUAAAUGUGUCACCGCAAGAUAAGCACCUGGCGGUCAGCAGCAAAAUGCCGCCCUACAGGAGCAACAGCAAUGACAGUUUGGGGUCCCAUUAUAGGCGCAACCUUAAGAUCUGCGACAAGCUAGUGUACGGCACUAUCUAUGAUAUUAUUCAGCGCAAGAAUGAUAUGUACCAGAAGUACGAUAAGUACAUGACUUACGGCACCAUCUAUGAGAUCCUGCACCGGAAGUCCUCACAAUGUGACGACCGGUGGCAGCGCAAAAGCCUUAGCUCCACCUCAGAGGACCAGCGAUCCUCGGCGGACGUUAUAUACGACAUCGUCCAGAAACGGGAGCGUGAGAAGCAGCUUCAGCCGGGCAAUCUGGAAUGCCUGGAUCCGAUCAAGGUAUCCACGUUCGGUGUUUACAAAUAUGGAACGAUCUACGACAUCCUGCAGGUCGAGAAACUUGAUGCUAGUCUUGGCAAUUGUAAGGCAGAUCCCAAGCCAGCAUUGGCCAAAACAACGCGCUUCGUGGUUAGCCAGGUAGAGGAGCCUGCGCAGACGCCACCGACGGAACAGCUGGAGUCUAGUGACCCGGAUCGGUGUGUUGCAAAGCCCAGCAAGCCACACAAAAUGCGACGGCUGUCCCACAUCCUUAGCUACAGUCGAAACGCUGAGGAGGAUCCCCAUAAUACGGCUGUCAAGCAGGAGGCCAAACAGAAGCGCACCCAGGCCAAAAGGCGGAUCGGGGUCACCAACCUGCUGCUGCCACUGGACUCUGAGGAGAUGUAUACUCGCAUUAUCGCCCAACAACGAAUGCUUGAAAUGAAGCAUUCUCAGGACCCACAAGAGGAUAGUGGCAGUGAGGCAGAUCUGUGCCCUCGCAAUGCAUUGACCAAGUCGAGCUCGCUGGACGCCAUCUCCCUGUCGAUGGCAAUUUCGAAUGCGCCCUCUCCCCCGCGUCCCCGUCGCAGCCUUAAGCAGCACCGCUGCCUUCACCAGCGUCAGAAAAUACCUUUAGCCAAGAAGCACUCGCUGGAUAAUUGCCUUCAAACGGUGUCGGCGAUGCCCAGCCGGCAGCCUCUUCGUCGCUGGUCAAACCAAACUCCAUUGAAGUGUACCUGCCAACACGCUGCCGAGGAACUUUCGCUGACCGCCAAAGAGAAAUCCCGCUCGCUGCCAACCGCCUGCUCCGCUCCCUACUUUCAUACGUGUGCAAACUCAAGUUCAAUCGAUCAGAGCGCGACCACAACAAAGUCCUUCAAAAAAACAUCGACAACGAUAGCCAAGAAAGGCAAGUCGCGUCGACUUUCAGAAUUUACGCGCGGUGAAUUUUUAAAUGAAAAAUCCUGGUACUUCCGCAAAAUCAAACGUAUUGAGGCUGAGAAAAAACUUCUACUGCCGGAGAACGAGCACGGUGCAUUUUUAAUUCGAGAUUCCGAGAGCCGUCACAACGACUAUUCGCUAUCAGUGCGCGAUGGCGAUACGGUUAAGCAUUAUCGCAUCAGACAGUUGGACGAGGGGGGUUUUUUCAUUGCCAGGCGCACAACAUUUAGAACCCUCCAGGAGCUGGUCGAACACUAUUCGAAGGACUCGGAUGGCCUCUGCGUAAAUCUCUGCAAGCCGUGUGUCCAGACAAAUUCUUUUUCGGGUGUCUUUGAGAUCGAGAAACCUGUUACGGAGGGACUUUCGCAUCGCACUCGCGAUCAGUGGGAAAUCGACAGAACAUCCCUGAAAUUUGUGCGGAAGCUGGGUUCAGGGCAGUUUGGCGAUGUCUGGGAGGGACUAUGGAACAACACGACUCCUGUUGCCAUUAAAACUCUGAAAUCUGGUACAAUGGAUCCCAAGGACUUCUUAGCGGAGGCUCAGAUCAUGAAGAAAUUACGCCACACCAAGCUCAUCCAGUUGUAUGCGGUAUGCACUGUGGAGGAGCCCAUUUACAUAAUUACAGAGCUGAUGAAGCACGGUUCCCUGCUGGAAUAUCUUCAAGCCAUUGCAGGCAAGGGUCGGAGCCUCAAAAUGCAAACUCUGAUUGAUAUGGCAGCGCAAAUAGCAGCUGGAAUGGCCUACCUGGAGUCCCAAAAUUAUAUCCAUCGAGAUUUGGCGGCACGCAAUGUGCUUGUUGGUGAUGGCAACAUCGUCAAGAUUGCUGACUUUGGCUUAGCCAGGCUCAUCAAGGAGGACGAGUACGAGGCACGAGUGGGCGCCCGCUUCCCCAUAAAAUGGACGGCUCCCGAGGCUGCAAACUACAGCAAAUUCUCAAUAAAAUCUGAUGUUUGGAGCUUCGGUAUUUUACUCACAGAGUUGGUCACAUACGGACGUAUACCAUAUCCAGGCAUGACCAACGCCGAGGUCCUAACGCAAGUGGAGCACGGCUACCGUAUGCCACAACCCCCGAAUUGCGAGCCACGCCUUUACGAGAUUAUGCUGGAGUGUUGGCACAAGGACCCAAUGCGCAGACCCACUUUUGAGACGCUGCAGUGGAAGCUGGAAGAUUUUUAUACAUCCGACCAGAGCGACUAUAAGGAGGCACAGGCCUACUGAUAAAUGCUUUACGGAAUCACGGAAGCGGCCAGCAGCCGUGACGAUAAGCAAGACAGCUGCAAAUAAUCGCCGGGGAUCCCAAAACGGACAAUUUUUACUAAGUUACUUACUUCAACUUUUCAUAGAUUUUCUACUACAGCACACUCUAGACUUCAGUGUGCUUGUUUAGGUAACUCCAUAAGAUACGAUUCAUGUUAUUAGCGUUUAAGCUAAGAAAUAGUUGCAAAAGUGGAGUGCAAUUUCAAAGGACUUUCCAUCGGGACAUUCUUUUUGUUGUUUAUUAUGACAAACAUACUGAUACUUGGUCGAAUUAAUACCUCCUGACAUCCUUGUCGUAUUUUUUGAUUUAUAUAUCACAUGUAUUAUUAUUCAUAUAACGCAUAUAGCAUAAAUAUAAAUAAUCGAACACUUUUAUAUAUAUAGAUAUACAAGCGUAAAGUCAGAUGUAUGCGGAGGCCCUUUUUUUCAAAUUUCUUUAUUUUCACUAGUUUAUAGGUCAAGUUGAAAACGAUAAUUGCAGCAUACAAAUACAAACGAAUAAUUCGCUUUUAGUUAAUUCAUUAAAUUCGUGUCUUACCCUUACUCUUACUCAACAUUAUCAACGACAUUAUAUGCUUUUUCAGAUAUAUAAGAAGAAAAAGCAACACAAACGCCAAUCAUCAAGUGCUAGCUAUACGUUACUUGCCGUGCGCAAUGCUAAAUUCAUAUGAUUAUUUUUUUAAACAUUUAAGUGUAAUUUGUAAUCACAUAUACAUAUACAAAAACAUGUACAUUUAGAACAAAGAAAAUAAAUUUCUUCCCUUCACUUAUAAAUAUGAAA